CAACGUCAAACCAACUCAUCUCAGAUCUCCGGCCGCCGUGCCCGUCGAUAGGUUAUCAUGGAGGCGCAGCAGUCCGGCAUGGCCGAUCUCGCCGCCCGCCUCACGAAGCGACUCGGGGACGCGAACAGCAACAGCAACCUGGUCUUCUCGCCGCUCUCAAUCUACGCCGUCCUCGCGCUCCUGGCCGCCGGCGCCGGCGGGGACACCCUGGACGAAAUUCUCCGCGUCCUAGGCGCGCGGUCGCGCAAGGAGGUAGAGGACUGCGUGGCGCGUCUCCUGGACGGCCCCCUCAGGGACACGUCCAAGUCCGGCGGGCCGAGCGUGGCGUUCGCCUACGGCGUGUGGAGCGACCUGACGAUGCCGAUGAAGCCGGCCUACCGCGAGGCCGUCGUCGGCACGUACAAGGCUGAGGCCAACGUCGUCGACUUCCUCAACGACCCACACCAUGCAGCCGGGCAGAUCAACGCGUGGGCUGCUGAGGCCACCAGGAACCUCAUCACGUCCGCCGUUCCUGGGGAGUCUCUGCACCCGGACACCAGGCUCGUGCUGGCCAACGCCCUCUACUUCAGCGGCAAGUGGGACCUGCCCUUCUGCGCGAGCGACACCGAGAACAGGCCCUUCUACCGGCUCGACGGCACCGCCGUCAACGUCCCUUUCAUGACCAACUCCGACAGGCACUACAUCGGCCAGCACGACGGCUUCAAGGUGCUCCAGCUGCUUUACAAGAGCUCGCCGAACACCAGUUCCCACCACUCCAUGUGCAUCUUCCUCCCCGACGCUCGUGACGGCCUUGGGAGCCUGCUGGACAAGAUCACGUCGUCCCCAGGCUUCCUUCGCCAGCACCUGCCACAGUCGACGACGGUGGGGGUCGGCCAGUUCAGGGUGCCCAAGUUCGAGCUCAACUCCUGCAGCAGCGUCACAAGCGUGCUGAAAGAUCUAGGGCUCCGGUUGCCUUUCGGUCCAAAGGCCAACCUGUCCCAGAUGCUGGAGGACGAUGGCUCCAACUUGCCGUUGCACCUGCAGGAGGUAUUUCAGAAGGCUGUCAUCGAGGUCAACGAGGAAGGAACCAGAGCCGCCGCUGUCACCAUGUCAUUUGGUAUAGCGAAGUGCGGGCUGAGAGUUAAUUUCGUCGCCGACCACCCGUUUGCCUACUUCAUCAUCGAGGAGGGGUCAGAUGCAGUCAUAUUCGCCGGACAUGUUGUUGACCCUAGCAACGGUUCUGGGGUAGUGAUCCCGUCGUCCCCUGCUCCGGUCCAGGAGUAUGCCACAACAGAAACACAAUUUGACGAGUUCACUGAUGAUUUUAACCGCAGAUUCAACAAUGCAUAUAGUCAAGUGUCGCCGGUAUACACGCCGACAUCUCCUACAUCCAGUCCAGUAUCACCAGUAUACAAACCGACGUCCCCCGCGUACGUUCCAGAAUUUCCAGCAUAUUGUCCAAUGCCGUCGGUGUACAAAAAAUUCGGUCCAUAUAAACUGCAAGAGGUUGAAGAAAUGAGCAGCGCCGUCCUGCCCAAGGCGCCUCUAAAGAAGCGGCAGGCUAACCAAGGCAUCUAA